UUGCCCAGUCACGGCUCACCCAUUACGGGUUCUUGCCCAGUCACGGCUCACCCAUUACGGGUUCUUGCCCAGUCACGGCUCACCCAUUACGGGUUCUUGCCCAGUCACGGCUCACCCAUUACGGGUUCUUGCCCAGUCACGGCUCACCCAUUACGGGUUCUUGCCCAGUCCUGGCUCAUCCACAGCGGGGGUCUUGCCAACUCACGGCUCACCCAUUACGGGUUCUUGCCCAGUCACGGCUCACCCAUUACGGGUUCUUGCCCAGUCACGGCUCACCCAUUACGGGUUCUUGCCCAGUCCUGGCUCAUCCACAGCGGGGGUCUUGCCACUCACGGCUCACCCAUUACGGGUUCUUGCCCAGUCACGGCUCACCCAUUACGGGUUCUUGCCCAGUCACGGCUCACCCAUUACGGGUUCUUGCCCAGUCCUGGCUCAUCCACAGCGGGGGUCUUGCCAACUCACGGCUCACCCAUUACGGGUUCUUGCCCAGUCACGGCUCACCCAUUACGGGUUCUUGCCCAGUCACGGCUCACCCAUUACGGGUUCUUGCCCAGUCCUGGCUCAUCCACAGCGGGGGUAUUGCCAACUCACGGCUCACCCAUUACGGGUUCUUGCCCAGUCACGGCUCACCCAUUACGGGUUCUUGCCCAGUCCUGGCUCAUCCACAGCGGGGGUCUUGCCAACUCACGGCUCACCCAUUACGGGUUCUUGCCCAGUCACGGCUCACCCAUUACGGGUUCUUGCCCAGUCACGGCUCACCCAUUACGGGUUCUUGCCCAGUCCUGGCUCAUCCACAGCGGGGGUCUUGCCAACUCACGGCUCACCCAUUACGGGUUCUUGCCCAGUCACGGCUCACCCAUUACGGGUUCUUGCCCAGUCACGGCUCACCCAUUACGGGUUCUUGCCCAGUCCUGGCUCAUCCACAGCGGGGGUCUUGCCAACUCACGGCUCACCCAUUACGGGUUCUUGCCCAGUCACGGCUCACCCAUUACGGGUUCUUGCCCAGUCACGGCUCACCCAUUACGGGUUCUUGCCCAGUCCUGGCUCAUCCACAGCGGGGGUCUUGCCAACUCACGGCUCACCCAUUACGGGUUCUUGCCCAGUCACGGCUCACCCAUUACGGGUUCUUGCCCAGUCCUGGCUCAUCCACAGCGGGGGUCUUGCCAACUCACGGCUCACCCAUUACGGGUUCUUGCCCAGUCACGGCUCACCCAUUACGGGUUCUUGCCCAGUCACGGCUCACCCAUUACGGGUUCUUGCCCAGUCCUGGCUCAUCCACAGCGGGGGUCUUGCCAACUCACGGCUCACCCAUUACGGGUUCUUGCCCAGUCACGGCUCACCCAUUACGGGUUCUUGCCCAGUCCUGGCUCAUCCACAGCGGGGGUCUUGCCAACUCACGGCUCACCCAUUACGGGUUCUUGCCCAGUCACGGCUCACCCAUUACGGGUUCUUGCCAACACACAACUCACGGCUCACCCAUUACGGGGUCUUGCCAACACACAACUCACGGCUCACCCAUUACGGGGUCUUGCCAACACACAACUCACGGCUCACCCAUUACGGGGUCUUGCCAACACACAACUCACGGCUCACCCAUUACGGGGUCUUGCCAACACACAACUCACGGCUCACCCAUUACGGGGUCUUGCCAAUACACAACUCACGGCUCACCCAUUACGGGGUCUUGCCAACACACAACUCACGGCUCACCCAUUACGGGGUCUUGCCAAUACACAACUCACGGCUCACCCAUUACGGGGUCUUGCCAACACACAACUCACGGCUCACCCAUUACGGGGUCUUGCCAACACACAACUCACGGCUCACCCAUUACGGGGUCUUGCCAAUACACAACUCACGGCUCACCCAUUACGGGGUCUUGCCAACACACAACUCACGGCUCACCCAUUACGGGGUCUUGCCAAUACACAACUCACGGCUCACCCAUUACGGGGUCUUGCCAACACACAACUCACGGCUCACCCAUUACGGGGUCUUGCCAAUACACAACUCACGGCUCACCCAUUACGGGGUCUUGCCAACACACAACUCACGGCUCACCCAUUACGGGGUCUUGCCAAUACACAACUCACGGCUCACCCAUUACGGGGUCUUGCCAACACACAACUCACGGCUCACCCAUUACGGGGUCUUGCCAAUACACAACUCACGGCUCACCCAUUACGGGGUCUUGCCAACACACAACUCACGGCUCACCCAUUACGGGGUCUUGCCAAUACAUAA